AUGAAUUGUGGCGGAGAUAGAAAUAUAUCAAAAGAAGUGUGUUUAGAAGUAAUUAAUGAUUAUAGAAUGGUAUCACUCUGGGAAGAAAUGCAUAAAGGUCAUAUAGGAAGAGAUGCAACCUAUGGGAACUACAAGACUAAAUAUUAUAAUAUGGGAUUGUAUUCUUUUGUAUCUGAUGCAGUAGAUACGUGUGACAUUUGCCAACGAAAUAGAAUAAAAGUAUGGCACUGCGAUAAUGGACGUGAAUUUAAAAACAAAGUCCAAAAAGAAUUCCUAAAACUUUUUCCAGGCUCCAAGUCAGCACAUGGAGCUCCUCGUACACCAACAACUCAAGGUAUGGUAGAAAGAUUGAAUCGAACUAUCAAGGAGAGGAUCUCAAAAUUAAAACAACAAGAUUUUCUUGAUGGUACUUCUAGGUCUCUUUCUGAACUAUUAAAACAAGCUUUGUAUGAUUACAAUAAUACAAAAACAAGAACAAUUAAAAUGACACCAUCUCAAGCUGUUGGUAUUGUACCUUUGUUUAUUAAUGUGCAAUCAGAACAAGACUCUCAAUCAAUUGGUGUUUCAGAUGUUUCAAAAGAAGAAAUAACAGCUAUUAUUCUUGAAAAUCUCACAAGUUACCAAAAUCAAUGGAAUUCAAAACCACCAAAGGGAUUGAAAGUUGGUGAUACUGUACUCUUUCUAGAAAUUAAAAAAAAUAAUAAAAUAUUGAUUUUGUGUAAAAUUCAUAAGGUAAUACAGGAAGACACUAAACAACUUUAUAAACUUGAAUUUUUGGAAGAUGGAAUCAAUAGCCUUCAAAAAAAAGGUUUAUACUCUGGUUUUGUAGGAGGUAACAAGUUGGUUCUUUAUAAACAAUCAACAGUUGAUAUUUUUAGAACAUCGCCAAACAUACAAAAAGAUAUUGAUUCUUUUACUUCUGGUCUUUAUUUAAAUAAUGAUGGGAAAGUUAUUGAAUUUCUGGUUCAGUUUAUUAAAAAUCUUGGUAAGGAUUUAUCCAAUUUCAACUUGCAUCAAUUGGUAACACAAAAUGAUCCAUUUAGGGUUUUGGAAGAUGCUCUUAACAAUCCAUCAAAUAUUCCACCUAUCAUUAACGAUAAUCCAUUUCAACACAAACUCAAUAAUGAAAUGGAACAAGAAGAAAUACUCCCAUUUUUAAAUAAUAAUCCAACAGCGCCAAAUUUAAUGAAUUGUUUGAGAAAGGAUAUGAAUUUAAAAGAAAUAGUACCACCAAUACCUCAAGUGCAAAUAAUACCAUCAUAUACUAUACCACAAUCUGGUAGUGGUAUAGUAACAACUGUUAAACGUCUCAGAGGCCGUCCUCAUAAGAUACCAAUUGUUAAUAAACCUCCUUUAAAAUCACAUUCUAAACCAUCCAAAUCACCUCUCAAAUCAACAUCCAAAUCACCUCUCAAAUCAACAUCCAUUUCACCUUCCAAUUCACCAUUUAAAUCACCAUUUAAAUCACCUUCCAAAUCACCAUUUAAAUUACCUUCCAAAUCACCAUCCAUUUCACCUUCCAAUUCACCAUUUAAAUCACCUUCCAAUUCACCAUUUAAAUCACCAUUUAAAUCACCUUCCAAAUCACCAUCAAUAGGAAAAAUCGUUAAUGUGAUACCUUCAAAAAAAGUUGCAAAAACAAAGUCAACAAGGACACAAAAAUUAGAACUUGAUUUGGUUGCAAUUAAUAGAAGGGGAAUGAUCGAAGAAUUAAUAGAUUCGAUAAAACUCUUAAGAAAUUUAGCCAUUGAAUAUGGCAAUGAAGAAUAG